UCGCCGGUGCCGGGGGAUUUUUAGGAAUACCUGAUGCUACGCCGAAUGAUCACGGGUUUACUGACCACGGAUUUGAUGUGACACCACGAAAACUAUUCCUUUAAUUAUUUGAAAAUUCGUGUAUUGUGCACUUGGGCUAAUUCGACGUAGCUUGUUUGGUUGUUAUAGCAUUUACAUUGUAGUCUUAUAAACACACUGAUCAUUCGCAGUGCGAAGAGCAUGGUCGGAAUCCCGAGCGCCUUUCGUUACAGUGCAGAGAAGAAGAGCCCUGCCAUGCCCGGUUCCCCUGUGGAUGUUAAGACUCAUUCCAGACCAGCUCCCAGCAGCUCCAGCAGCACCAUGCCCCCCCUGCCCUCCGUCAACCCCAGCGGCCCCCGGCCAGUCUCCUUCUCCUCCACCACGCUGACCAAUGGGAUUAAUCACUCGCCGCCCACCCUCAAUGCGGUGCCCUCCCCGCCUCAGCGCUACAGCAACGGGCCCUCGUCCUCGUCGUCCUCCUCGCUAGCCAAUCAGCAGCUCCCGGCCACCUGCGGCGCUCGUCAGCUGAGCAAGCUGAAGCGCUUCCUGACCACUCUGCAGCAGUUCGGGAACGACAUCUCCCCCGAGAUCGGGGAGAGCGUCCGCAACCUGGUGCUAGCUCUGGUGAAUUCCACAGUGACCAUCGAGGAGUUCCACUCGCGUCUCCAGGAGGCCACCAACUUCCCCCUGCGGCCCUUCGUCAUUCCCUUCCUCAAGGCGAACCUGCCCCUGCUGCAGAGAGAGCUGCUGCACUGCGCGCGCGCGGCCAAGCAGACCCCGGCCCAGUACCUGUCCCAGCACGAGCACCUGCUGCUCAGCACGGCGCUGGCCUCGCCGCCCGACGCCUCGGAGCUGCUGCUGGAGCCCAGCGACGCCGCCAAGAGGCACAGCCCCGGCAGAGGGAAAGAGAACGGCUUCCACGAGCGCCCCCCCGCAGCCCUGGAGCCCCCCGCCAAGCGCAUCUGCACCAUCAGCCCCGCCCCCCGCCACAGCCCCGCCCACCCGCAGCCCCUCAGCGCCCAGCUCCACCCCACGCCUCCGCCCCUGCAGCACUACGCCCUGGACGACAUCACGGGGCCCCACCUGCUGCACCGCGAGAGCCACCGCCUGCUGGAGCUGCGGGAGCUCAAGGACAGGCCCCGACUCCCAGGCACUAACGGGGGCUACCGCGAGGAGCCGGUGGACCACAGGCUGACAGACAGGGAGUGGGCUGACGAGUGGAGACAUCUGGACCAUGUGUUGAACUGCAUCGUGGACAUGGUGGAGAAGACCCGGAGGUCGGUGAGCGUGCUCAGACGCUGCCAGGAGUCGGACCGCGAGGAGCUCAACUACUGGAGGAGGCAGGAAGACCCUCGCAAGGGGAGCUCCGCUUCCGGAACCUUCUCCAAGACCCACAGCCCCCACGCUGCGGACGGCCCCGACUCCCAGAGGGAGUUCGCUCCACGCCCCGGUUCUGGCUACGUACCAGAUGAGAUCUGGAAGAAAGCAGAGGAGGCUGUGAACGAGGUGAAGCGGCAGGCCAUGGACGAGGUCCAGAAGGCCGUGGCCGAGGCCGAGCAGAAGGCCUUCGAGAUGAUCGCCGCCGAGAGGGCCAAGAUGGAGAAGACCCUGGCCGAGGCCAAGAGGAAGGCCGCCCAGGAGGCCGUCCUGGUCAUCAACGAGCAGGAGGACUCCAGCGAGUGUUGCUGGAACUGCGGACGAAAGGCCAGCGAGACCUGCAGUGGCUGCAACGCCGCCCGCUACUGCGGCUCCUUCUGCCAGCACAAGGACUGGGAGAGACACCACCUUAUCUGCAGCCCCGGCCUGCAGACCCAGCCCAAGCCCGUGUCCGCCACGGCCAGGGCCUCGGCAGGGGCCCCCGCCAGCCUCACGGGGGCCAAGGCUCCGGAGAGCGUGCCGGCCGCCUCCAGCCCUCGGGGAGAGAAGGCCUCCGUGCUCUCCCGCUCCUCCACCCCUUCCACCCCCACCUCGGCACCCGAGACCAACGGCCACUAGGACCCAGCGGGGAGAUUUUGAUUUGGAGUCCGACCCAUCCCAGCUGUCCAGAUCGGUGGUGUUCAGAUCGCUCAAUGACUUUCCGUACAGACUUGCUCCUCUGGUCGCCAACCACCAUCCCAAAAGCCCGUGAAACGUUGUCAUUGGAUAGGGGGGGGGAGGGGACAUGUGACACCUCAGAGAGGAAGUGACAUUGUAGGUUGAAAGACUCUGGGCUUGGGUGUCGCCACAGGCGCAGAUCCAGGGUCAGUCUCCACUCUGUAGACCUGAACUCUCACCAGACGAGCAACACGAGCAGAUUUGAGCCUGAGUUCAGUCUCUCAAGGGAGACUGGGUGAUCUGAAGAGGGUCUGCCUGUUGACUUUGGCCCAGAGACCUGGAGGAGUCGCCUUCAUCUGUCAAACAGACAAUCUCAGAUUGAAACCUGCUUCUGUUACUCCUGGCGACACACAAAACGAGUCCACAGAGACACUUCAGUCCAGACAAUGUAUUCUGAGAGUAUUGUGUGUGUAUAUAAGCCCGGGAGAGACCUGGUUUUAUGGUACCAGUGGGGAAGUGUCUCUCCUUGUCUGGGAGACACCAAGAGAAGACUAGAAGAUAGUGGUGCUCUUCUCUCGAGUCCUGUCCCAUGUAUAGCUGUUAAAAGUAUCCCUCUCGCCCGAGUUCCGGACUGUUUUCUUGGUCAGUGUGUGUGUGUAGGUGUGUCAAGCGUUAUGUGCCGUCAGUGGGGAAAUAUUUGGUCACGCAUAUGAAUCAUCGAUCUUGGAAGCGAUAUUUGAACGGCGGCGUUUUGGGUGUUACCGGUUGUUGUCCCGCGUCCCCAAAGCUCGCGAUGGCUGAGGGGACGGUUUGGCGUCGCCUGUAACUGUGCUGCGUUGUACACGGGCUCGAUAUUCACCAACUCGUGUACAGUUCUGUGAUGCCUAUAAGUAUAUAUAACCUAUAUGGUCCAGUCUAGACCUUCACGACGACCCCACAGGAAAAGGAAGUAUUUGGAGUCAUGCAAGGACAAUAUGACAUCCAUGUAUGUAUGCAGUAUAUAUACAUACAUACAUACAUACAUACAUACAUGUUCAACACUUUUUAAUGGGCUUUCAGUCACAGGCAGUGUUCAUGUUUUCCAGCUCCUAGUGACUAGUUCUAUAAACGCGGAGCGGACUCCUUCAGAUCUUACACCAAGGCUACGUUUGCACCUGUUUCAACACGAGAAUUGAACCCGUAGGGGGUAGAGCGAAACAAAAUAUUUAAUUUAUUACAGUGGGGCGGUUUAUCAUUCCAUCUGUGGACUCCUGUUCUGAGCUAUGUCAUGUUUUCUGGCUGUUGUACGAACAGACUGUUGGGAGGGGUCGGGGGUUGUGUGUCCGAGUACAUGGUGCAGUGUUGGUGUAGAGGGGGAGCGACCCUCUGGUGUACGACCUGUGGUGGGUCUGUUUCUCUUUAAAUCUCAGGAGUUUUUUGUUUUGUACAUAUUAUCGUUGAGUUCAUCCUUUGUCACCGCUAGAUAAAGUGUAAAGUUUCGAGAUCAUCUUCCCUUUUGAUUGGGCGUCGGUUUCCGGCGUCGUCACCACAGAAUCGACUCUUUGUUUUUGUCGUGCGAUGUUUUGUCCGUAAAAGCAUAUUAUCUGAGAGAAUGCCUUUGUGUUGUGAGCCACCGUUUCCUUCUAAAACACAUAUUUUGUUAUGAGACACAACUUCAUAUGAACAGAUAUCUUGACAUGAAGUAUUACAAUAAAAAAAAAGAGAAUGACUCCAAAUGUC